GUGUGCAGGCGCAGCAUCCCGAAGCUCGGUCUCCUAGUGACCGUGGUGAGCACUGACUCCAUCGUCCUGGUCCCGGAGACUGCGCAGCGCGAGCACCCCCGCGGCCCCUCCCCUGGGCGCGCGCGCGACCCGGGCGCCAUGGCGGCGGCAGUGACGGCGGCGGCAACCGUGCAGCGGCCUGAGGCUGAGACGGCCGAGGAGGAGGCCUCAAACCCGCAGUGGCCGCUGCCGCCAGAGCAUCGCCCCUCCGUGCCAGGGACCCGACCAGGCGAUGGUGAGGAGGCACCGGUGCGGCCACUGUGCAAGCCACGGGGCAUCUGUUCCCGUGCCUACUUCUUGGUGCUGAUGGUGUUCGUGCACCUGUACCUGGGCAAUGUACUGGCACUGCUGCUCUUCGUCCACUACAGCAACGGGGAUGAGAGCACAGACCCCAGACCUCAGCGCCGCGAGCAGAGCCCCAAGUCAGUGCCAACCUUGGGUCCCCUCACUCGGCUGGAGGGCAUCAAGGUGGGGUAUGAGCGGAAAGUCCAGCUGGUCGCAGGCAGGGAUCACUUCAUUCGAACCCUCAGCCUCAAGCCAUUGCUCUUUGAGAUCCCGGGCUUCCUGAGUGAUGAGGAGUGCCGGCUCAUCAUCCACCUGGCACAGAUGAAAGGGUUACAGCGGAGUCAGAUCCUGCCCACAGAAGAGUAUGAGGAGGCCAUGGGCACCAUGCAGCUCAGCCAGCUGGACCUUUUCCAGCUGUUGGACCAGAACCAUGAUGGCCGCCUGCAGCUCCGAGAGGUCCUAGCCCAGACUCGCCUAGGAAAUGGGCGGUGGAUGACUCCAGAGAACAUUCAAGAGAUGUACUCUGCGAUCAAGGCAGACCCUGAUGGUGAUGGCGUGCUGAGUCUACAGGAGUUUUCCAACAUGGACCUUCGGGAUUUCCACAAGUACAUGAGGAGCCAUAAGGCGGAAUCCAAUGAGCUGGUGAGGAACAGCCACCACACUUGGCUCCACCAGGGUGAGGGCGCUCAUCACGUCAUGCGUGCCAUCCGCCAGAGGGUGCUGCGCCUCACUCGCCUUUCACCAGAGAUUGUGGAGCUCAGUGAGCCACUGCAGGUUGUACGAUAUGGUGAGGGAGGCCACUAUCAUGCCCAUGUGGACAGCGGACCUGUAUAUCCAGAGACCAUCUGCUCCCAUACCAAGCUUGUAGCCAAUGAGUCUGUACCCUUCGAGACCUCCUGUCGGCAAGUACCUCCCACCUGGGGGUUGGCUUCAGUUCCCAGACUGGGUACUUUGAGGUUAAAGGGCUAGACAUGUCUUGGUCAUCCUAGCCUGACCCUGCGGCCCCUGAGUCACCCUGCCCUGCCCGCAAGUGGGAAUGCCCACGGUUGGGAAUCCGCUCAGCAGCUCAGCAGCUCAGCAGCCCCUCCCCUGCCUUACAGCUACAUGACCGUGCUGUUCUAUUUGAACAACGUCACCGGUGGGGGCGAGACUGUCUUCCCUGUAGCAGACAACAGGACCUAUGAUGAAAUGAGUCUAAUUCAGGAUGAUGUUGAUCUCCGAGACACUCGAAGGCACUGUGACAAGGGGAACCUUCGUGUCAAGCCCCAACAAGGAACUGCGGUCUUUUGGUACAACUACCUGCCUGACGGGCAAGGUUGGGUGGGUGAAGUGGACGACUACUCCUUGCAUGGAGGCUGCCUGGUUACCCGUGGCACCAAAUGGAUCGCUAACAACUGGAUCAAUGUGGACCCUAGCCGGGCGCGGCAAGCUUUGUUCCAGCAGGAGAUGGCUCGUCUGGCACGGGAAGGCGGCGCCGACUCACAGCCUGAGUGGGCUUUGGACAGGGCCUACAGCGAUGCCCGCGUAGAGCUUUGACGCGAGGCCCAGAUGCAAGUCAGCAGCUGCCCAACGUCAAAGACCCUGCAGGGCCUCUGUUCUACUGCAGACUAAAGUUCUGGCCGAUCGUGCCCUGCCCCUCCUUGCCUGCAGCCGCGAUGAAAGGCGCAGUUCCUGCAUUCACGUUAUUUAUUGGUGUACAGCCCCCAUGCUGUUCCAUCAAAUAAAACAACAGGGCUUCGA